GCAUGCCUUCUUUUUAGCUAUCCUUCUCACACUUCCUCUUCUUUCUCUUUCUGUUCCUUUGCCUUCCAUCUUCUACACUCUUCUUUUUUUCACCUUCCCGUCUCCUUUUCCUCCGUCAAAUCAAAGCCUCAAUCUCCAGAAAGAUGUCCAAGUUUCCCUUUGACGUUUUAACCGACACUUUUUACCGCUUACCCGUUAAAACUCUUCUACGUUUCCGGGCACUUUCCAAACCAUUCUGUUCCCUUAUCGACCGUCCAGAUUUCAUCAAAAAUCAUCUCAAAUAUUCCCUUUCCACCAAAUCCAAUCUCGUUUUGAUCCUCAAAGGUUUGCAUCUUUACACUGCGGAUCUUGAUUCACUGGAUGAAGCUACCCCUUUUAGUGACGACCACCCAGAAAGUAUCUGGGGUGGGACUGAAGUUUUUGGUUCAUGCAAUGGCUUGCUUGCUUUGUCUAAUUCUGACCAGGAUAUUGUUCUGUUUAACCCUUCGACGAGAAAGCUGUUUAACUUACCGGUUGAGUUGAUUGAGCGUCCGAAUGACUCUUGCAUUCGGGGUUUUGUGUUUUUUGGGUUUGGUUAUGACCAUGUUAACGAUGACUAUAAAGUGGUUCGAAUGGUGCGGUUUAAACAAGAUGAGGAUGAUAAUAACGGCUGGUUUAGUGAGUAUGAAGUUAAGGUUUUUAGUUUAAAAACUAGUUCUUGGAGACGGAUCAAGAAACUGCCUAAUUAUCUUAGCUUUAUGUUUCAGUUUUAUUUCCAUCUUAUGCAUAGAAGAGGAUAUGGUGUUUAUGUUUGUGGGGUUUUACAUUGGGUGCUGCCACGCAGACCUGAGUUGGGUGUUAGUAAUUUGAUUGUUGCUUUUGAUCUAGUGGCUGAAGAGUUCAAAGUGUUGCCUCAGCCUGAUUAUGGUGAUAAUGAGAGGGAUUUUGUGUUGGAUGUGGGGGUUUUAGAGGGGCGAUUGUGUGUGAUUUUGAACUAUGAUCAAGUUAAGGUUGAUGUAUGGAUGAUGAAAGAAUAUGGGGUGAAGGAAACAUGGAGUAAGUUGUUUUCUAUUGAACGGAGCAAAUCAAUUUCUUCAUUUAGGUUCUUAAAGCCUUUAGCUUAUUUAAAAGAAUGUGGGGAUGGUGAUGAUAGUGAAAAGAUUCUCUUGGAUGUGAAUGGUGAAAAGCUUGUUUGGUAUGAAUGGAAAAGGAAAAGACUUAAGACUGUUAGGAUUAAAGGUGCACCUGAUUCUUUUGGGGCAUUCAUGUGUGUGGAAAGCCUCAUUCCACUCAUUGAUGAGAAGAAGCAGCAGAAGCAAGAGAAAAACAGGAAUCAUUAUAGGAAGAAGAGGGAUGAUUUCCUGUCAAAGGGAUUUAAGCUGGUUCUGUAAUCAAUCAAAAAAAAAAAAAAAAUGCAGAACAGGCCCAAGUGAGAAGAUGUAAGUUCUUGACUCCAAUUAAUUGUUUUUUUUUUUUUUCAUAUUUUUGUUUGGUUCCUUUUGACUUAAGAGUUCAUGAUCUUUUACCCGGAGGAUGGAUGAUAGCAAAGUAAUUUAUCUAAUUACUUCUAAUUUAUACUUUCGUAGGAAUGAUAUGUCAAGCUUUGUGGUCAAGAAUUUUAAUAGAAUACACAUUAGUUCGCGUUGUUAGGAUACAUAAUUUUAUUGUUAUGUUUUUAUAUCUUUUAUAAUCUAAAUAUGAAUGAUGAAAGAUUCGCCUUCAAAUGGCAAACACAAUAGAGUAAAAAAAAAUCUUAAACUUGGAAAUACCAUGGAGUAUCUGAAAUUUAUCUUUUAUUUUGUGUGUGAGUCCUUGAAUUUUUUAAGGAGCUAACAUAGUUAUCAGUUUGUAGCUAUUGCUAUUUCUAUGUAUCCAGGAGACCAGAUUCUUUCUCAUUGGUUGAAUCACAAAUAGAAACCACCAGACAAGUGGUCUGAAAUUGGCCUUCGGGUCAGAUAUCAUUAGCAAUGCAUAUGGAUAUAUAUAUAUUUUUUCCAAGGAUAUUCAAGGAGCUUGGAAUAUUAUGUAUAAUUUGUAAAUAGUGAAGCUGUGCAUGCCAUGAUGGAUGUUUUUCUUUAGACAAUGUUUUUUACAACAAGAUUUUCCGCUUCCAAGAUUUAUAAAGUACAGAAAAGUGUAAAUAAGG